AUGACCCGUACGUUACGACCUACCGCAGACACGGACGUAAACAGGUACAAAGGCCUCUGUAUGAUGGACAGUGACCUUGUAGUCGGCUUUGCUGGAUUCCCGGACUACCUGAUGACCGUAUGGAAUUGGCGAACGCAGCAGAGACUCCUGGCCUUGCCCACAGGAGUGGUGAGGAGGAAUCAAAUAUACAUGGCUAGCCGCACCCACAUGCUGGUGUGCGAGUGCUGGGGCGAGGGUCUGAUCGUUUGGGAGGUGGCGCAGUGCUACAAGCGGUGCCUGGUGAUGAGGCGCGCCAAGGAGGAGUGCACCGGCUGGGAGGUGUCCGAGCCGCCACUAAUCGGCGUCUGCUGGACCAGCGACGGCCAGCUGUACGCAAUCGAUCCGAUGGCCAAUCUUCAUAGUGUUCUCUCAGACGGUAUAGGAAUGGUCACGCACUUGGAAUGGUCAGAGAACUUACACGGAACUCAAAAGCCGAGUAUUAGCGCAUUUGGCAACGGAAUUCUCAUUUACGGCCCUGAUCUGAAACUUCGUCUGCUUAAGAAAUGUGAGAGCAAAUGGAAGGUGGUGUGGAGCUUCGAACCCAAGGACAGUGUGGUCAGGCUGAUAUCGAACUCAACAUGUGACACAGCUGCCAUGUGGACCGAUAGCGGAGGCCUUUACAAGAUCACGGGUGAUGAGGACAAUCUGGACGUGCUGUUUUACACUUACAGACAGAGGCAUAUUAUUAAAAUUCAACUGAUUGCGCCGGAUUACGAGUAUUUGGCGACCAUGAACAAAUCAGGAGAGCUUUGUGUUUACGAGGCGAUGUCGGGAAAGUUGGUCCUUAGAAACCAAGUGUCGGGCAAUGACGUGUGCUUCCAAGCGAGCCCCGUGGAACCCCUAGUCGUGAUCUUCGGCGAGCUGGGUUCCAACUACGGCAUGGGGCUGUUCACGUAUCGACCCCAUCAGCCUUUGCAGAAGGUCGGCAGCAUGUGCCUGACCAACCAGAUCGUGUCGCAGAUCGUCUUCUCUUCUACUGGCCGGGAGCUCAUGGCGGUCGCCAAAUCGGCUGGCCACGUUUUCAUUUUUCAACUAUCCGAGGACUACAAACUGACGCUGGUGAGGUACACGGAGCUGGGUCGCGGUCUGGCGCAUUGCUUCCUCAUGAAGGUCGGGGAGACGAUGCGCUCCUUCAACCUGGUCUUGGUCUCCGAUAAAUAUUCCAUUGGUGAGCGCAUAAUGUGCAUAAACGCGAAUACGGGCAAAGACAACAAGUUCGCCGGCAAGAUGCAGGGCCCUUACUGCGAGCUGGUGCCGCUCUCCCAGCGGGGGAGCGCCCUCGCCGUUCCCCACCUCAGCUCGCAGCUGCAUGUCCUCAGGCUCUCCGGUGAGAAAGGUAUAACGGUGUCGGUGAAAAUGGGUCCGGUGUUCGAAUCCGGACACGACCUGAAGCAAUGCAGGGUCUUCAUCAACACCGGCGCCUUGUUGACGUUCGGUUACGACGGCUCCAUUAUUCUAAGACAGCCGGACGCUCCAGAAGAAUACGAUUUGAAGCUGACUGCGUCGCACCGCUACGAGAGCGGAGUGGAGCAGGCCGUGAUCGACUCCGCCAACGGGUACAUCGCGCACCUGGGCGGCAACGGGACGGUGGCGGUGACCGUCCUCAAUCGGCAGCGCGAGGGUGCCACCCAGGUGGCGCUGCCGGAGGUCCAGACGGAACACCCCGAUGCUAGCCUGUUUGGCAACGAUACGAUAACCAUGUUCGUGGAGUCCGAAAAGAACCACCUGGAGGCGGUGGAGGAGCGGCGCGUGCACGCCGAGGCGAUGGACCACCGGCGGCCGCGCGAGGAGGCGGCGCGCGCCCUGCGCGAUGUGCAGGCGCGCGCCGCGCUGCUGCUGGACCGCACGCUGGCCGCCCCGCCCCUGCACAGGGUGCCCCUCGCGGAGUUCCACCUGCACGCGGACAACAAGAAGGAGCGCCUCAAGCAGGCGGAGAAAGAGCGCGAGGAGAUCCGCCUGCAGACGGAAGCGAGGAUCCGCGCCCAGGACAAGGUCACCGCCUGGAUCAAGCAGCAAUGCUGGGACACCAUGGCCACACCACGCGUCAAGAUUUUCGCCAUCUUCAGCCACUACUACGUGGAAAACUUCGCGGUGCUGCCGUCGCAGCGGGAGCAGUGGCCCGAGCUGCAGCUCGUGGAGACGCUCAGGUCGCUCGAAAUGGAGAAUGACGAGGACUUGUUCAGGCCCUGGGAGGAGCACAGCCCGACCCCCGAGCCCGAAGCGAACAGGAUCGUCCGCGCGGGGUCCUUGGGGUCGAUGCGCUCCAGCCUCAGGGCUGUCGAGAGCCAGAUGCUGGCGGCGGGCAGCGGCUCGGGCUCCGGCUCCUCGCAGUGCCAGCCCUACGCGCUCUCCGGGACCCACACCCACAUCUACGUGGCGCCGACGCCGACCAUGCUGCCGCAGACGCUCGUCUUCAGCUUCCUGCACAUGAACAUGCUGCAGCACAUCGCUAAGUUGAACGCCCAAAAUCUGAGACUCUGGUUCAACAAUCAAUUCGACGAGUUGAUGAAUCUCAAGAAGCGAGAAGUUGGCCUUGUCCAGGACAGGAAUUCGCGGCUCCGCUUUAUCAUUCAAGAACUUAACGCCCUGUCGAGCCUGAGAGGCAGUUUCCACCACUUGAGCAUCGAGAUAAGGGACCCUGAAUGGCGCCAGGAGGAGCAGCCGCACAGGUUGAUUAAAGUCGACCCCGAGGAGUGCAGCAUAGCGCCGUACGUGAGCCCCAGCCAGGUGGUGGUGCCGCCGCCGCCGCCCUGCCCGCCCGACGACUUCCGCGAGCGCGCGCUCGUCGACAUGAUGGACGGCGUGCUGGAGAAGCUCUGGCACGAGGAGAUCAAGAAGCCCGUGCCCAUGCCCAGCUGCAUGCUGGAGAAGGAUCCGGAGCACUUCACCGAGGAGGAGCUGCGGCUGGUGUUCGAGUACGAGGCGAGGGUGCGCUUCCGCGAGGGCGAGCGCGACAAGUACCGCAAGAUGCUGCACGCGGAGUACGCCAAGCUGGCGCAGGUGCUCAACGAGGGCAUCGUCCGGUUCAACCAGAGGGUCAAGGAAAAUUGGCUAUUGAGAUUGAGAAUAGACUCCGCCAUCGGUCAAGAGAAUCUAAAUUUGAUGCGCCUGCGCCGAACAAAUCUGGAUCGCAUCGAAAUGUCUGAAGAAAUCGAAGAUAUCAGGGAGAAAAUAGCAAGAUACGAGGGGGAUGUGGAGGCGCUGCAGAAAGAGAUGCAGAUGAUCCAGGAGCAGAGCGAGGAGUGCCAGGCGGCCUACGAAGCGCUGGUGCAGAAAGACCGCCACAUGGACAAGACCUUCAAGAACCACUUCGCCGAUCUGUCGCCGAUCAUAGUGGAACAGUGCUACAAAAAGCGACCUAAGUGGCAGCACCGUGCGGGUCUGACGGCGGGGGCCCUGACAGAGCUGGCGGCCGCCGCCUUGGCUGGCACCCGUCCACCGCUGCUGCACGCGGACGCCGUGGACUUCUUGCGCGCGCUGGAUCAGCUGGAUCAGAUCAGCAACAUGCCGCCGGUGAUGGACGAGGCUCUCUGGACCACCAUGUGCAAGCUGCGGCGGGCUAAAAUUGACAGCGAGAUGAGGAUGCGGGCGCUGGCGGUGGAGACGGCGCAGGUGGAGGGGGCGGCGAACACGUGGGGCGCGGGGGUGGCGGCGCGGCGCGGAGCCCUGGCCAUGCUGCGGGAGCGGCUGCUGCAGCGGCGCGACGCCGUCGAGCUGCUCUCCAGGAACAAGACGAUACAGCUCGUGCUGCCCGCCGGCCAAGUGGAGAUCGUCACCACCGGUCAUAUGGAGGACUUCGAAGACGCCACCCUCUUGUUGCGCGACGAGAUUCAAAAGGUCAACGAGGUCAUCCUGAAAGUGGGCGAAAUGAAACUGAACAUGAUGCGCAAGCAGAUGACCUACCGCAAGGGCAUCCUCUCCAAGGAGUGGGAGCACGCGCAGAUGAUGAUGAAGCUGCGCCACAUGGAGCAGGAGCUGUACUCCUACCAGCGGCUCAAGAUCCCCAAAGUGCUGCAGCUGCACCUGAAGAACAGGGAGCUGGGCUACACGGACGAGCAGCAGCACCUGCGCAUGGAGCGGGACCUGGAGGCCAACAGGCGCGCCCUGGACCGCGCCCUCAACGAGCUGCUGCGGAAGCACGAGGAGCUGGAGCUGAAGAGCGCAUCACUGACUUCGGAGGUGGACAAGCUGAACAGGCUGAUCGCCAAACUACACCUCAAGGUGUCGGAGAAGCGGCUCACGGAGGACCCCCUACAGCCGAUACGCGUACGCAAAAUUAUAAAGACGAGGCGAGUGAUGGAGACGUUGGUGGCGCGUGGGCAACUCAUCCGCGAGGUGCAAGCCAACCACACGCAGCUUGUCCUCCUGCAGACAGAGCUGGAGCUGCUGCGCCUCAGGACCUUCCCGACCCUCGCCAGCUUCCGCACGAUCCCU